CUCACACACACACACACACGCGCGCUCACACACACUCCAGCACCACUGUCCCACAUGUACACUUUCCCUCCGAGGCAGCGGCGCAGCGGUUUUCUGUCUAUCUGCCUGUCUGAGGCCGCCUUCUUCCAACUGAACUCAGCAGAGCAGCUCCAGCCAUCACUCAGAGAGGAACCCCUGAUAUGCAAAUGUUUCCUGUCCUGUUAUCAGAAGAGGCAGGAUAAAUGGCGAAAGCAUAUGAGUUUAACUGGCAGCGGGCAGUGCCGGACUGUCUGCAGGAGGGAGCAUAUUUUGAUAGAUUCGAUGAGGACCCCUUUGCCUUUGAAUCGAACUGCUUUUUCCGAGUGGAUGCCUUUGGAUUCUUCAUCACGUGGAAGAGUGAAGGGAAGGAAGGUCAGGUUCUGGAGUGCUCUUUGAUCAACAGCAUACGAAGCACCAGCGUGCCUAAGGAUCCGAAGAUUCUUUCAGCUCUGGAGGCCACAGGGAAGACUGAGAGUGACUUAGAGGGCAGGAUCAUCUGCAUAUGCAGCGGCGCUGACCUAGUCAACCUCAGCUUCAUGUAUAUUGUGGCCCAAGACAUUAGCAUUGCAAAGCAAUGGACUGACAGCUUGCGGUCAUUGAUUCACAACAGCCGGGCAAACAAUGUGUGCCCAAUGACCUGUCUAAGGAAGCAUUGGAUGAGGCUGUCUUUUUUGACCAACGUGAAUGGAAAAAUCCCAGUGAGAAGCAUUACAAGAACAUUUGCUUCAGGAAAAACAGAGAAGGUGAUAUUCCAAGCAUUAAAAGAUCUUGGUCUUCCCAGUGGAAAGAAUGAUGAAUUAGAGCCUGAUGCUUUUACCUUUGAGAAGUUUUACUCUCUCUCUCAGAAGAUUUGCCCCAGAACUGACAUUGAGGUGUUGUUCAAAAAACUCUGUGGAGAAAAAAGUGAUUUCUUGAACACGGACCAAUUAGUCAGCUUUCUGAACGAAAACCAGCGGGACCCCCGCCUUAAUGAGAUUCUUUUCCCAUUUUAUGACUCCAAACGCGCCAGGCAAAUCAUAGAAAGCUACGAGACUGAUGAGAAGCUUCAAAAGAAAGGGCUGAUGUCGUGUGAUGGAUUUAGCCGGUACCUGAUGUCUGAUGAGAACGCUCCAGUGUUUUUAGACCGGCUGGAGCUCUAUCAGGAGAUGGACCAGCCGCUCGCCCAUUACUUUAUCAGCUCCUCUCACAACACCUACCUGACGGGCAGGCAGUUCGGAGGGAGGUCCUCAGUGGAGAUGUACCGGCAGGUCCUGCUAUCUGGCUGCAGGUGUGUGGAGCUGGACUGCUGGGAUGGAAAAGGAGAGGAUCAAGAGCCUAUUAUCACUCAUGGCAAGGCCAUGUGCACAGAUGUGCUUUUCAAGGAUGUCAUUCAGGCCAUUGAAGAAACUGCAUUUGUCUCUUCUGAGUUUCCUGUGAUCCUGUCCUUCGAGAACCACUGCUCGAGACAUCAACAGUAUAAGCUGGCCAGAUACUGUGAGGACAUUUUUGGAGAUACGCUCCUCAGACAGCCUUUAGAUGAUUUCCCUUUGGAGCCUGGACAACCUCUGCCUUCACCAAAUGACCUUAAAAGAAAAAUCCUCAUUAAGAACAGAAGAUUAAAACCUGAAGUGGAAAAAAAGCAACUGGAGCACUUCCGGAAGCAUAUGGAAGCUGGGGAUGUGAACAUGUCAACUAACAUGUCAGAAGAUGAAAAUGAGGAGGAUGCUGGCUGUGCAGACCUUGUGGAUGAGGCUCACCCAGAAAGGAUAUGUGGUCGUCUCGUCAUCAGCCAGACGAAUAGUAGUGAAGGAGAUGUCCCUGCAGCCGACAAGGGAAACAAAGAUGAAGUUGCAGGAUUAGAAGUACUAGCACAAACACCCCUGGAGGCCGCAUGUCAGGAAAAUGGAAAGAAGGCUUGUGAGCCGGGCGUGGCUGAUGAGCAAGCUUUGAUUCAGUCGUACACAUACGUCGCAGCCACCACUAAUAUCCACCCAUACCUGUCAAAUAUAAUCAACUAUGCCCAGGCUGUGAAAUUCCUAGGUUUCGAAGAGGCUGAAGAGAUGAACAUUCACCACAACAUGUCAUCCUUUAAUGAGUCCGUGGGCUUGGGGUACUUGAGGACCAAUGCCAUUGAAUUCGUCAACUACAACAAGCGGCAGAUGAGUCGGAUCUACCCCAAAGGAGGCCGAGUGGACUCCAGUAAUUAUAUGCCUCAGAUCUUCUGGAAUGCCGGCUGCCAGAUGGUUUCUCUGAACUUUCAAACCCCAGAUCUGGCAAUGCAGCUGAACCAGGGAAAGUUUGAGUACAAUGGAUCAUGUGGGUACUUACUGAAGCCAGAUUUCAUGCGUCGUCCAGACCGCAUGUUUGAUCCUUUUUCAGAGACUCCUGUGGACGGAGUAAUUGCAGCCACUUGCAGCGUCCAGGUGAUUUCAGGCCAGUUUUUGUCUGACAAGAAGAUUGGCACGUAUGUGGAGGUGGAUAUGUAUGGGCUCCCCACAGAUACCAUUAGGAAAGAGUUCAGGACCAGGAUGGUGAUGAAUAAUGGACUAAACCCUGUGUACAAUGAGGAACCCUUUGUGUUUAGAAAGGUAAUCCUACCGGACCUUGCAGUGCUCAGAAUAGCCGUGUAUGAUGACAACAAUAAGCUGAUUGGCCAAAGGAUUCUCCCACUGGACGGUCUGCAGGCUGGCUACAGACACAUCUCCCUACGAAACGAGGGCAACAAGCCGCUCUCCUUGCCUACCGUCUUCUGCAACAUCGUCCUCAAAACAUAUGUACCCGACGGAUUUGGAGCCAUUGUGGAUGCGCUGUCUGAUCCCAAAAAGUUCUUAUCCAUCUGUGAGAAGAGAACAGACCAAAUGAGAGCCAUGGGCAUUGAGACGUGGGAGAUAGCUGAUGUGCCGAAUGACAGUUGCAAGCGGAGUAAGAAGGGAAAAGCGAACCAGGUGAAGUCACUGUCACCUCAGAGGAGUCUGGAGACACGCAGCACGUCAUCGGGACAGAAUGCCAGCACUUUCCCUAAAAAGGAUACUGACACUACCAUGCCUCAAGUCACAGUUGAAGACCUGAAACAGAUGAAGGAAUAUCUAAAGCUGGCUAAGAAGCAGGUGAAGGAGCUUAAUGCACUGAAGAAGAAGCAGACGAAGGCACACACUGCAUUGCAGAGGUCUCAUUGCACUCAAAUGGACAAGGUUGUUGUGCAGCACGAAAAAGAAAAGCGUGUGCUGGAAAAGCAGCUGGAAAAAAACAAGAAGAAAGUCAGUGAAAGUAACUGCUGUGAAAUGGGAAGAGAAAUCGAAAUGAAGAUGAAGACUAUAACCGCAGACCACAAAACAAAGGUUAAAGAUGCGGCUGCUGCCCAUGCCCGCGAGUGGGCUGAAAUGAUGAAGGCCCACAGUGCUGAGAUCCAGGAGCUGAGAGAUCAGCAUGUUCUGCAGCAGUGCGAGCAGCUCCGAAAGCUCAUGCUAAUGACACAGGAACAGCAGACGCAGCAGCUUACGCACCUUCACGAGCGACAGUGUAAAGAGAUGAGGGCCAACCAAGCAAAGUCUUCAAUGGCGAACGGCAGAGCUAUCAGCCAGGACAAAAGCAUCAAAAACAAGGCAGAACGAGAACGGAGAGUUCGAGAACUGAACAGCAACAACACCAGAAAAUUUCUCACAGAAAGAAAGAGGCUUGCCAUGGGCCAGUCUAAAGAGAUUGAACAGCUCCAGACAGCCCAGCAUGAACAACUGGAGAAGCUGGAUAAAUAUAUCGCAGAGCUAUUGAAAUCGCAGCACUCAAAAUCACAGCACCAAGGACAGUGUAAUACAGCACAUGAAGGGGAUGCAGGACUGAUCACAAGCCACAGUGAUGCCCUGACCUGCUUGACCACAUGAGAUGGCACACUUGAACACUUAAACACUUAAGUAGUGCACACAGCUACAGAAAUGUUAAAUUUAUGUGUGUAUUUUACAGUAUAUACAUUUUAAAUUCUGUUACUUUAGUCCUAAAGUAAGUAUAGCCUGGUGGUAGGCAUUGCUUUUAUAAAACCUUUUUUAAUGUAAGUGUUUUCAUAAUAUACUUUUUUUAUAUGAAAUAUUUUAUAUUGUUCAUCACUGUAUUACAGUUCGACCUAUUCACUGUACACCACAAUAAGUUUUAUGUUGUCAUGUAAUAAGGUUGUAAACACUGUAUUUUCCACACUCUCAGGGUGAAACUUUUGUUGAAUAUGACGCCUAUGAAACAUUCACAAACAUUCGGUUGUUGAGUGAGAGCACUUGUUUGAAGAUAAUUUAAUUAUAACUUUUCCAUUAGAAUUAAAAAUGUAUUCUGGCAUAAAAUGAAACAUCAUUAAUAUGUAAAUAGUUUGGGGAACACUGAUGCUUGCAUUCCAGACAGAAAGACAGUUAUAAAAUUAAAUAAAUAAAAAGACAAAUUAGUACAUAAAAAUGCUUAGCAAUCAGUCCGUGUUGCAGAAGAGUGAUUGUUGUGCUGACAACCUAUGGUUGUAUGAGUAAAUGAUCCUGAGCAAAAUGUAUUAUCAAUUGCAUGUGUAUUUAAUUAAAACAUCCCAAGAGUUCACAAGAGUUUAACUUC